AUGCGUGUUUCUCAUCUCUUUGCUCUUCUUGGAUUCUCAGGAAUUGCUUUUGGACUUCCUGUUGCCAACGAAAACGAGGUCUCUCAGAAGAGUGACGAAGACCUCGACAAGCGUUUCUACUACACACAUUAUGUAGCUCCAGAGAAGCGAGAUGUUGAUGAGCACGACAAGCGUUUUUACUACACAAAUUACGAGGCACCUGCAAAGCGAGAGGUCAACGAGGAUCUCGAAAAGCGUUUUUUCUACACAAAUUAUGUAGCUCCAGAGAAGCGAGAUGUUGAUGAGCACGACAAGCGUUUUUACUACACAAAUUACGAGGCGCCCGCAAAGCGAGAGGUCAACGAGGAUCUCGAAAAGCGUUUCUACUACACACAUUAUGUAGCUCCCGAGAAGCGAGAUGUUGAUGAGCACGACAAGCGUUUUUACUACACAAAUUACGAGGCGCCUGCAAAGCGAGAGGUCAAUGAGGAUCUCGAAAAGCGUUUUUACUACACACAUUAUGUAGCUCCCGAGAAGCGAGAUGUUGAUGAGCACGACAAGCGUUUUUACUACACAAAUUACGAGGCGCCCGCAAAGCGAGAGGUUGAUAACGAGAAGCGUUUCUACUACACUGCUUAUACCGCGCCCGAGAAACGCGAAGAGGCUACCAAUGAGGCAUCCGCGGAGGCUGAUGCGACUACCAACAAUGAGUAA